CCACCCCCCGAUUAUUCGUCACGGUGCCCCACCCAUCAUCAACGACUGACCACGCAUAUUUAAUCUUGUUAUAAUCUUCUCCGCUCCAUUGUAUACUUUUCAACUCCUUUCUCUCUCUCCUCGUAUUUUCUCUCAAAUUUCCGAUUUCAUUAUAGUUAAGUGAAAGUAAUGAGUCGUCCACAAGAGCCACACAGACCCUUCUUCCCACAUGGAAACCCUUUCCGGAUGAUAUUUCCCAAAGGCUCCUACCUUUCCCCUAAAUUGCAGGCGCUGUUAAACAACUUUGAGGAAACCUUGGCUGGAAGGCUGAGGAAACUUGUUCCAAAGCACAAAGAUGAUGUUUUUAGCAUUUCAUGGAUGAUAUUAGCUGUACAGUUGCUUUCUGAGACACACAAUGAUAUCAAAUCUUUGAUAACGGACCUUGAGCUUCCAGUAGUUGAUUGGGAUGACAAAUGGAUAGAUGUCUAUUUGGACAAUAGUGUGAAGUUGUUGGAUAUUUGCAUCACUCUAAGUUCUGAGCUGUCACGCUUAAGUCAAGGUCAGCUCUUGCUUCGCUGUGUCCUAUGUAAUUUGGACCAAACCAGAUCUAGCGAGACCUUGAAAGCCAAGUCUUCAAUUAAUAGUUGGAGGCAGCAUAUUGGAGCGAGGAACCCCAAAAUCGAGAAUUGCUUCUCAAUCAUUGAUAAGCUGAUGGAAUCUUUAGAAUUGCCAAAGGUUAAGAACUCCGCUAAGGGAAAGACUUUGAUGCGUGCUAUGUAUGGAGUUAGGGUGCAAACUUUGUUUGUCUGCAGUGCAUUAAUGUCUGCUUUGACAGCUUCUGAUAAGAAAUUGGUAGACUUUCAUGUUGCAGGGACAUACCUGUGGGCAGCAGCGUUUAGCGAUCUACAGAGAUUUGUUUUUGGGGAGAUUAGAAAUUUAGUCUUGAGUGAUAGAAAACAUCAUCUCGUGAAAGAGUUGGAAGCAGUUGCUACUAGUGUGGGGGAAUUGUAUCCCAUGCUUCAGGAAGGUGUGGAGCCUAUUGAAACAGAUUCAUUGCAGAAGUCUGUUGCCGAAUUAAGAAAAUGCACAGACAAACUCUCAUCCGGAUUAGAUCUUCUAGCAAAGGAAGUCGAUGGAUAUUUCCAAAUAUUGUUAAGUGGACGCGAUGCAUUGCUUUGUAAUCUAAGAUUGUCGGGCAGUGUCAUUGAUUCUUCAAAAAAGCACAAGAUGGAGGAGCAAACUGUAAGAUGAAUACUAUAAUGUUCAAAACCAUGUGUAUACACAGGUCUAGGUAUGGUUUUCUCUAUCGCAUUGUGUGGAAAUGUAUGAAAUGUUCACUGGCAUAUUACUAUGCUCAUCUUGUAACUUAUAAUAUGGUUGUUUUGAAUGAGUGCCUUAGAUUUAUACCUAUGUGCUACUACAUUAUGAUGAUAAUAUAUAAAAGGGCAUUUGCUA